AUGCCCGCCGCCACGCGCUACUUGCCGCACUCCGAGAGGACAAAGACGCACUAUGAGCGAUUUCUGAGAGAUCUGCGUCGAUGGCUGCCACCCGGCCUCGAUGAUGAGAUUGGCGAGAUCGCCGAGGAAACACUCUCCAUUGUGUGCCGCGCGGGUAAUGGUACCGCCGCAGGGGGCUCAGCCCAGCUGCAACAGGUGAGGAAACAGCUUGAGGUACUCUUCGACACCUCAAUAAGCCCCGAGGCACUGCAUGAGGUGCUUCAGUAUGGCCGACUCAUUGAUGACUUUAUUGUGGUGGCGGAGGAGGAGGAGGAGGUGGGAAACACGUGUGGCGUGGCCCAUCGCGGCGGUGACAAUGCCGCUGGAUUGGGCGAUGGACUCGGCGACCUUUUUUUCAUGCAGCAACAGGAGGAGGAGGCUGGUGACUCAUCGGAUGACGAUGAGUCCAGGACUGCCCGCGACAACAGGCGGGACUUGAUGAGGUUUGCCGUAGAUGUGGAGGGGCUCACAGCCAACGAUGACGAUGAGGACGACGGCGGUGCAGAAGAGGGCAAUAAUAAUCAUAAUAACAACAUUAACGGCGGUGGCCGGGCGCAACGUGUGACGUUUGAGGAGGUUGCAUGCAACCCAAAAUAUGUCCGUGACUCCUUGCGCCGCCUGUUUCCCACGCAGACAGUCGAGGAGUGUGACCUGCAGGCGGAUCGUUUAUUGCGGUACGCCGGCCAGCGUCAGGUUGACCAGUUGACUCUCGAAACACAACUCACUGCGUUUCUUGGCGGAUACGACGAUGAGGCAGUCAUGGAAUGGAUUGGUGUCGUAGCCGCAUCGCGUUGGGCAAUUGUGUACGGCAUGCAGUUUGCAGAGGGGCACAACCAGCAGGAGAAGGAAGCUGUGAUGGAUGCCAUGAAGACACAUGCGAAGCAGGAUCGUCUGGUCGAGCGGCUUUACCAAAGUGUCACGGGUAAAGAAAUAGGGCCCAAGAAUGACAUUAACAACGAUGACGGGAACAGUGGCGAUGUGAAACCGCUGCGGCGUGUGGAUUUGGAAGCAUACGCAUUUAAGGAUGAGAGCACACCCCAUCGACUUAGACGUGCUGUUGUGCCACAAGGGACACAACGGGCGGUAUUUGAAACACAUGAUGAGGUGGUGCUUCCGGCAACGGCAUCCGCAACGAGUGAAUACGCCCGGACCCCUGUGAGCGCCUUUCCAGAGUGGGCACAAGUGGCAUUCUCUGGUGUCACACACCUCAACCCCAUGCAAAGCAAAACGUUUGAUUGUGCCUUUGGGAGUGAUGAAAACAUGUUGGUGUGCGCACCAACGGGGGCAGGGAAGACAAAUAUUGCGAUGAUGGCAAUGCUGAGGGCUGUCAAGAACGCCACGGCCCGCAGCGGAGCCAUCAAUCUGCGUGAACUGAAGAUGGUUUACGUGGCACCCAUGAAGGCACUGGUGCAGGAGGUGGUACGCACUUUCUCCAACCGAUUAGAGCAGCUUGGUUUGACCGUGGUGGAACUCUCCGGGGACUCCAAUGCGAAUCAGGCCCAGCUAAGUGACGCGCAGCUCAUUGUGACAACACCCGAGAAGUGGGAUGUGGUGACACGCAAGUCUGUGGAACUUGGCGUGGCAUCGUUGCUGAAGCUUCUCAUUCUGGACGAAGUGCAUUUACUUCAUAACGAGCGUGGACCUGUGCUGGAGGCGAUUGUUGCAAGAACCAUGCUGCAGCAGCAACUUCGUGGUGAGACGGAUAUCCGUAUUGUGGGGCUGAGCGCCACUUUGCCGAACUAUGCGGAUGUGGCGAGUUUUUUGCAGGUGGACCGACAGCGGGGAUUAUUUGUCUUUGACAGUUCUUUCCGUCCAAUUCCGCUUCAGCAAACAUUCUGUGCCAUCAAAAAGGUACGUGGGACAAAUCAGGUGGCUGUUAUGAACCUUGUUACAUACGACAAGCUGCUUCAGGCGGCGAUGAGUGGGGAACAGUCGAUGGUGUUUGUGCACUCCCGCAAGGACACUGAAUACACCGUCAUGUACAUGAUACGACGGAUUUUGGAGGAAAAACGGACGCAUUACUUUGUGCGUCCCGGCAGUGAGUCGGAACAGUUGUUACGUGAGGCGGCAAUUGACCCAUCGCGUCCUCUUCGACCGAGUUUACAGCAAAUGCUUCCAAUGGGCUUUGCUGUACAUCACGCCGGAAUGAGCCGUGGGGAGCGCGAGGUUGUGGAGAGACUCUUUGCGGAUCGACACGUGCGGGCACUGGUUUGUACUUCAACCCUUGCGUGGGGUGUGAACUUGCCGGCGAAUCAAGUGAUCAUCAAAGGCACUCGUGUUUUUAAUGCUGCCAAGGGUGAAACGGAAUUGUUGAGUGCACUUGACGUUCUGCAGAUGUUUGGUCGUGCUGGUCGUGUGGGGUUUGGCUCGUCUCUUGGAAGGGCUGCGGUCAUCACGAGCGCUGAGGAUCUGCAUUACUACUUAAGUGUACUCAACGACCAGCUUCCCAUUGAGUCGCAGAUGAUGCGACGGCUGAUUGACAUGUUUAAUGCCGAGGUGGUACUUGGCCACGUGGGAAGUGUCGCUGAAGGAGUGCGGUGGCUACAGCGAACAUAUUUGUACGUCCGAAUGCAGCGAUCGCCUGAACUCUAUGGGACACGCGCCAGUAAUGCUGACCCUCUGUUCCUCCGUCAUUUAGAGAAUAUUGUGCACACCGCAGCGGAUGACCUGCGUCGCUGUCAGAUGGUGGAAUAUGACACCCACGCUCGGCGCAUCUCACCGAAACCAUACGGCCGCAUUGCAUCUUUCUACUACAUCACAUCCGCCUCCAUGACCACGUACCUCACCCACCUUGGUCGUACGAUGCAUGAUGUGGACUUGUUCCGUCUGUUCGCCAUGUCAAAAGAGUUCUCACACAUUUUGGUGCGGCCAGAGGAGCAGACGCAGUUGCAAUAUUUGUUAGAAAAUGCUCCUAUUGCCGUUCGGGAAAGUCGCUACACGCCCUUGGCGAAAAUUAACAUAUUGCUGCAGUGCUACAUCAGUGGUAUGAGUCUACAGGGCCUGCCAUUGAUGAGUGAGCUUGUCUAUGUGAAGGACUCCGCUCAACGCAUCUUUAGAGCUCUGCAUGAGAUUUGUUUGGUGCGCGAGUUCGGCCGUACCGCGCAGCAGGUACUAAACCUUUGCCUUAUGGUGGCACAUCAACAGUGGACUGUGCAAUCUCCCGUGCGUCAGUUGCGUCACACGGUGGCUCCGAAGAACUUUAAUGCCUUUAUUCACACAUUGGAGAGCCGUCGCGUUUCGUGGGAAGAGGUGCGAUUAUGGUCACUUGAAGAUCUUGCUGAGAAGUUGAGCGACGAGCGACGUGCUGAGUUAGCAUACGAAUGCAUUCAUCAGGUUCCGCACUUUACAUUGGAGGCUUCCGUACGCCCUCUCACCCGUAACAUGCUGUACGUUGAUGUCGACAUCACGCCAGACUUUACAUACAACGAGGAAGUACAUAGCCAGACGGCUGGUGAACUUCUCCUCACGAUUGAACACACCAACGGCCGCAUUCUUCACCAUGAGCAGCUGCACAUGACUGGGGAGGCUUUGCGUGGAGGCGAAACGCUCUCCGCCCCAACGAUCGUGGUGCCAAUUAUUGAGCCGAAGCCAACUCACUACUUCGUGAGGUGCCAAUCCUUGUAUUGGCUUGGAGCCGAGUGCUCUGUCGCCGUUUGUUUGAUGAACGUAAGACUGCCGGACAUCGCCCCGCCGCUGUUGGAGAUGCAACAACGUCCCUCUGCCCUGGAGGAUGAAACGGCACGGGAUGUCUUCGCGACGCUUCAACCGUACGGCUUGGAGGCAUCAGCAGAUAAGUUGUUUCCCUUCACCGAGUUCUUCCCGGCGCAGCGCGACCUCGUGACGCCCAUCAUGGCGUAUCCUUCGGAGAACAUCUUUGCAGCGCUGCCACCCGGCGGUGGUAAGACGGCAAUUGCUGAGCUCUUCAUUUUGCAAUUUCUUCUGGAAGGGGCCCUAUUAGAGACGAACAUGGGCGCAUCCGAGGAGACCUCUAUGGCUGAAAAGCUGUGCCCGCUGCUGAGCGAAAAAUUCUGUACCUCCACGGCACAUGAGGCGUGCGCCAUGCGUCGUUUUCAAGACUGGCGGAUUAAAUUCGGUGAGGGUUUGAAGCAGCGGGUGGCAAAAUUAGAGCCAUUUGGUGAGGGGACGACGCUGAAGGCAGAAAAGGUUUAUCAGGCCACUAUUAUUAUCGCAAGUGGUAGCGGUUUGGCGCCGUUGUUACGUCAAGGUGCGGUGGAUUGCCUUCUGAGCGUGACUCACAUCAUUGCUGACUGUGUUCAUCUUAUUCGUGCACCGGAGGGUCGUUGGAUGGAGGAAUGCUUGGCACGUUUGCUUUCAAAGCCUUACUUGGUAAACAAUGGGCAGAAGCCUGCGCGUCUUCUUGCCCUCUCAUACCCACUGAUAAGCUGCACCGAGGUGUCACGAUGGAUGAAGAUCCCAGCAGCGCGGCAAUACAAUUAUGGUAAUUCCUAUCGGCAAUUACAUGUGCGUCUGGAGGCUUUGGAGCAAGGAGGAGCCCGCAGUCGGUACGAGGCAGCCACUGUCUCUGCACUAAAGGAACUACAGAAGGUGCGUUACGCAUCGACUCCAAACGUUGUGUUUGUUCCCUCCGCGCGAGAAGCCGAGGAGCUUGCAAAACGCAUAGUUCUCCGCUGCCGAGACUUUGUUCCUGAAGCGGUAUGCGAAGAUGUAGAAGAUCAGAAUAUUGCGCUGCUUCUUUCAGCCGGAGUGGCUUACAUGCAUCGUGGGACAAGCCUGCUAGAUGAGUUGAUCAUCAUCGGGCAUAUAGAGAAACCAGCACGGCACCCGGAGACAGAGGCGGUGCUUCCAUUAGUGCUUGUCUGUACUUUUGAGUCGGCAUGGAGGUUGCCGGCUGCACUGUUUGGGACGGCAUUCGUGUGCGCUGCGGAGCGACUUGGCGUUGCCAGCAAAUUCGUCAACGCAUCUGGUGGUGACUGUUCCGUGUCCGAACUUCUACAAAUGACAUCUCGAGCACUUAAUGAGGCAGUCGUUUAUUGCCGCGCCGCACGGCGUUGGGUGUGGGGCAGACUACUGAAUGACCCACUGCCACUUGAGUCAUACUUGCGGUACCCGAACGAUUUUUGUGACGCCGUAAACGCCGCCGUGGCGCAAGGGCGAGCAAGUGACAUGCCGGGCGUUUUGCGCAUCCUGCAAAGUCAUUACUUUCUGUACCAUUUGCGCACGAACCUACAAUUCUACGGCGUUCCCUCUAAAGACGAUAUCCCAGCGUAUGCCUCGGAGUUUGCUCGGUCGGUGAUUGCCUCUUUACAGCAGGCGGGCUGCGUGGUUGUGACGGAGGGUGAUGGGGAUGAGACGGUAACGGUUCGGCCAACUACGCGGGGUAUUGCGCUGUCGAAUCAUGGCAUCACUGUGGGAACUAUUGAGGCCAUUGAAGAGGCAAAAUCUGGCAUUCGUGUAUCUACCGUGGCGGGCGUGUGGCGGUUGAUUGUCUCAUCUUGUGUAGAGUUGACACCGGAGUACGUGGGUGACGCUGCCCGUAUCACGGAUGAUGCUGAGAUGCAGGCCUUGCAGACCAUUGCUCGGGCAUUUCCCAAGGGCUACGAUGUGCAGUACGUGGACCUGGAUUUUAGUAGGGGCUGGACGAAGGUCCAAAUGCUUAUUCUUGCGCACUGUGCCAGGAUGUUUGUGCAUGAAACAUAUAUGGCGGGACAUGAGGGGGACGAAAGAAGAAUGGCUGUAACUCAUCCAUUUGCUUCGCCAUCGACGGCCGCUAUCGACCCGCAGCUGCUUCUUAACAUCCCAAGUACGGUAGCAGAGCGGCUGCGGGAGGACCUUUACGUUCUUUUGCCAUCCGUACUGAAUGUGGUACGAGGCGCUUGUGUGAUAUUUGACGGCAGGACCCAAUGGAAACAGGCCCGUUAUCUGAUGCGUCUCUCUUCACUGAUUGAACGGCGUACCUGGGGAUUUGAAGAUCCGUUGUUGCAACUUCCGUGUGUGCAGGACUCAAGGACUCUGCUCGAGGUUCUAACGACGACAACAACAACGGCAAAAGCGUCAUGGUCUCUUGAACGGUUGCAGGAGUUGUGUGCCCAACAUGAGACACCAGCAGCGGAAGGUGCAUGGAAUGAACUUUCACACAUGUUGUUGACGUCCUUGCAGCGGCAUGGCAAUGUGAGUCGUGCGGUGGAAGAGGCUGAAUUCCUUUUGUCUCGUCUGCGUGUCGAGGCCGCGGCAAUUCCACGUGUGAUUUCACUCUCAGCCACAGGAACCGUAGAGGAGGUGGACGGUGCACAUGCCUUCUUGGUGCGCGUGGAGGGUCACAUCGCAUGCACACUACCACCGUCAUCGUCAUCUUCGGAGCAUUGCGGCGAUUCGCUGGGCCCGUGGUGGAUGCCGUGUGUUGUGCGACAUGAGGGGCGUCCAAAUUUGCCGGAGCGCUUGAUGGCGUUGCGUGUGGUGACGCCGGAGAAUUCGCCGGGUAGCACCGGCAAUGAAGAGGAUCCCGUGGAUUGCAUGAAUAGUGGGGCGGCGCUGAAGGCAUUCAACGCAAAACCAUCAUCCUUUUGGCGCAUUUCCGGCACCCUGUCGUUCCCGCUGCAUGAUGUGGACGGGGAGGACCUGGAGACGCUGAAGAUGACGGUGGCGGUGAUCGCAGCGCGCUACAUUGCGGACGCGGAGGUGGACGUUGUCUUCACUGCGGAGUGA